GUUGAGGGCGAAAGGGGGAAAACGUGGGGUGUGCCAACAGUGAUGUAGCAUCUGUGCAAGAGGGUGUCAAAGAAAUAAGAUGCAGUGUGGUAAACUGUCCUGGGAGGAAGGAUCAACUUGCCAACUGUGAGAAACCUUGGAUAAACGAAACAGAAAGACCGGAAAUCGAUCUGAGGGGUGGAGCUGGAGAUAGGAACUUACUGUUUGUAGGUGGUUGGGGAUCCCCCUCCCAGGUGCAGGGCCCGAAAAGUAUAUGUAACUAAUGGUUGCUGAUGAUAGUCAGUGAAGACACUGUUGGGCAGAGCUGGGUAUUACUGAAACCCAAGGAGAUUGGAAAAUGUGUGAGAUGAAGGGAUGGGGCUAUGCUGGAGGGGCUCUUUCUGAGGCCCCAUCCCCUUCCAGCAGGAUUUCUGAAAUCCCCACCACUUCCUCCCUCCGGGGGAUUUGAUCCCCCAUGGCCACCGAUAACAACAUCAUCGUGCUGGAUGAUGAUGACGAAGAUGAAGCAGCUGCUCAGCCAGGGCCCUCCCACCCACCCCCCAAUCCGGCCUCGCCCAGGGCAGAAGCCCCUGGCCCCUCUGAGCCCUGUGUGUCUGAAGGAAGCAGUAGUUCGGGCAGCAAGAAAUGCUACAAGUUGGAGAAUGAGAAGCUGUUUGAAGAGUUCCUCAAACUGUGUAAGAUGCAGACGGCAGAGCACCCUGAGGUGGUCCCAUUCCUCUAUAACCGCCAGCAGCGAGCCCAUUCUCUGUUUUUGGCCUCGGCGGAGUUUUGCAACAUCCUCUCUCGGGUCCUAUCUCGGGCCCGGAGCCGGCCAGCUAAGCUCUAUGUCUACAUCAACGAGCUCUGCACUGUUCUCAAGGCCCACUCAGCCAAGAAGAAGCUGAACCUGUCACCUGCUGCCACCACCUCCAGUGAGCCCUCUGGAAAUAACCCUCCCACAGACCCCCCCUUAGACUCCACAAAUGCUGAGACCACUGCCUCUGAGGCCCCAAGGACCCGUGGUUCUCGGCGGCAGAUCCAGCACUUGGAGCAGCUACUGGCCCUCUAUGUGGCAGAGAUACGGAGGCUGCAGGAGAAGGAGCUGGAUCUCUCAGAACUGGAUGACCCGGACUCCACAUACCUACAGGAGGCACGGUUGAAGCGUAAGCUGAUCCGCCUCUUUGGGCGCCUGUGUGAGCUGAAAGACUGCUCUUCACUGACCGGCCGUGUUAUAGAGCAGCGCAUCCCCUACCGUGGAACCCGCUACCCAGAGGUUAACAGGCGCAUUGAGCGGCUUAUCAACAAGCCAGGGCCUGAUACCUUCCCUGACUAUAGAGAUGUGCUGCGGGCCGUAGAGAAGGCAGCUGCUCGACACAGCCUCGGCCUCCCUCGGCAGCAGCUCCAGCUCAUGGCUCAGGAUGCCUUCCGAGAUGUGGGCAUCAGGCUACAGGAACGACGCCACCUUGAUCUCAUCUACAACUUUGGCUGCCACCUCACAGAUGACUAUAGGCCAGGCAUUGACCCUGCACUGUUGGAUCCCAUCCUGGCUCGGCGCCUUCGGGAAAACCGGAGCUUGGCCAUGAGCCGGCUGGAUGAGGUCAUCACCAAAUAUGCAAUGAUGCAAGAUCAGAGUGAGGAGGGUGAGAGACAGAAGAGAAGGGCUCGGCUCAAAGGCACCUCUGGCCACCCUGCAGAACCCCCCAGAGCCUCCUCAGAUUCUGGUGAGGGCCCUAGUGGAAUAGCAUCCCAGGAGUGUCCUACCACCUCCAAGGCUGAGACAGAUGAGGAAGAAGAUGAGGAAAGUGAUGAGGAGGAGGAAGAGGAAGAAGAAGAGGAGGAGGAAGAAGAAGAAGAGGAGGAAGAAGAGGAGGAGGUUACAGAUUCUGAAGAGGAGGAGGAUCUGGAACAGAUGCAGGAAGGUCAGGGGAACAAUGAAGAGGAGGAGGAGGAAGCAGGCGAGGAUGGAAACAAGAGCCCCAUGUCCCCACCACAGAUCUCCCCUGAACAGGACCUGGAACCUGGUAAAGAGAUGAGCAGGUCUUCAAUGGAGCAGCAAAACAAAAGACUUACAGUGUCUCCAUCUUCACUGUCAGCGGAGCCCCUGGCCCUUUCCGGCAUAGAUGCUGAAAGCAGUGGAGAGCAGCUCGAGGAGUUGCCCCUGGAAGAAGAGAGUCCUGUGUCUCAGCUCUUCGAGCUAGAGAUUGAAGCCUUGCCCGUGGAGACCACCCCUUCCCCUGAGGAGAGGGACAUUUCCUCUUCCAAGAAGCAAACAGAGGACUCCCUCAUCACUGUUUUGGAGAAUGGAGCAGCCAUGGUCACCUCCACUUCCUUCAAUGGAGGUGUGUCUCCUCACACCUGGGGAGAUUCCUGUCCCCCCUGCAAGAAAUCUCGGAAGGAGAAGGCCCCAGGGUCAGGGCCAUUAGGAGACAGCUAUGUGGAAAGGCAGAGGGCAGUGCAUGAGAAGAACGGGAAGAGGAUAUGUACCCUCCCCAGCCCACCCUCGCCCUUGGCAUCUGUGACCCCAGUUGCUGACUCCUCGACAAGGGUGGACUCUCCCAGCCAUGGCCUGGUGACCAGCUCCCUCUGCAGCCCUUCUCCAGCCAGGCCUUCCCAAACCCCCCAGUCUCAAGCCUCCCGGCCUGGUACUUACAAGAUGAGUGUGGCCACACAGUGCGAUCCAGAGGAGAUCAUCGUGCUCUCAGACUCUGAUUAACUGCUUCCCCCAACAUUCAUGCUCCCCACCUCCAACGUGUUUGCUGAUAGCAUCUGGAGGAUAGUGGGGAGCAAAUGACUGAGAUGGGGAUGGACUGAGCUUUUCCCCUUUUGGUGGUGUUUCUUUUAAAAACAAAAGCUUAAGUUUUACACAGACGUAUUAAUAAACAAUAAAAUUCUUUUCUUAUUGUAUCCCUGUCUUUUCCUUGUUCUUUUGCUGUCACAGAUUGGCACCAGUUCUUCCCUAGCUCAGGGUUAGCCUGGCCCCGGGUGGCCCUGGGACUGUCCUUUCCAGCCUGGCCUUUGCAGGCCUUCCUUGGGGUUUCUCAGCUUUUGGGCCUUCCCGCGCCCUCUGCCAGGCACUGAAAAAAGUGCUUCAGCCUCCUUAACCGCUCUACUUUCUCCCUUUGAGCGGUCGGAGUAAAAAGGCCAAUCAGGGGCCGGCUCAAGGGUUACUUGGCCAAUCCUGGCCCAGAGGAAGGGGGCGGGACUUCAGGGGAACUG